AUGUUACAUUUGAGCCGAGCACGGGGCCACUUUGCCGCGGCCGAGGCAGAGAAUGUCCUCGGAAUAGAAUCCGAGGUGCUCAGCAGAUGGGAACCUUGA